AGGCGGCCGCCGAAGGGCCCGCGGGGGGCGGUGCGCGGGGUGGGGGCUCAGGGGCGGGGAGAGGCCUCCGGGCGCCGGUCCUUGCCGGACCCCGCCUCCGCGCCUCCCUGGGGUCGCCUGCCCUGUGCUCCCGGCCGGAGCCCCGCGCUCCCCACCGCGUCCCCCGGGUUCUGAGCCCUCGGGAGCAGGUCCGGCAUCGGCGCCCUGGAAGGGGAGCUUACCCUGCAAGGCCGGUGCCAGCGAGAGGGCUGUGGGGCGCACACCAUGAGCGUGGGCUUCAUCGGUGCUGGCCAGCUGGCUUUUGCCCUGACCAAGGGCUUCACCACUGCAGGUGUCCUCGCUGCCCACAAGAUAAUGGCCAGCUCCCCAGACAUGGACUUGGCCACGGUUUCUGCCCUCAGGAAGAUGGGGGUGAACCUGACACCCCACAAUAAGGAGACGGUGCAGCACAGUGACGUGCUUUUCCUGGCCGUGAAGCCCCACAUCAUCCCCUUCAUCCUGGACGAGGUGGGCGCCGACAUCGAGGCCCGGCACAUGGUGGUGUCCUGCGCCGCCGGCGUCACCAUCAGCUCCAUCGAGAAGAAGCUGGCCGCCUUCCUGCCGGCCCCCAGAGUCAUCCGCUGCAUGACCAACACUCCGGUCGUGGUGCGGGAGGGGGCCACGGUGUACGCCACGGGCACGCACGCGCAGGUGGAGGACGGCCGGCUCCUGGAGCAGCUCAUGGGCAGCGUGGGCUUCUGCACCGAGGUGGAGGAGGACCUGAUCGACGCAGUCACCGGGCUCAGCGGCAGCGGCCCCGCCUACGCGUUCACCGCCCUGGACGCGCUGGCUGACGGGGGCGUGAAGAUGGGGCUUCCGCGGCGCCUGGCCGUCCGCCUGGGAGCCCAGGCCCUGCUGGGGGCCGCCAAGAUGCUCCUGGACUCGGAGCAGCACCCGGGGCAGCUCAAGGACAACGUCUGCUCCCCCGGCGGCGCAACCAUCCACGCCCUGCACGUGUUGGAGAGCGGGGGCUUCCGCUCGCUGCUCAUCAACGCCGUGGAGGCCUCCUGCAUCCGCACGCGGGAGCUGCAGGCCAUGGCUGACCGAGAGACGGUCUCGCCAGCCGCCAUCAAGAAGACUGUGCUGGACAAACUGAAGCUGGACUCCUCGGAGGGGACCUCGCUGUCCCCUUCCGGCCAUGCCAAGCUGCUCCCUCGCAGCCUGGCCCCUGCGGGCAAGAAGGACUGAUGCCACUCGUCCACCUGCCCUCCACUGUCUCUCCUCUCCUGGGCGCCGAGCUCCCACUCUGGGGGGUCUCCCACCCCAGGCCACACCCCAGUGUCCCCAUAGUGGCCUGCUCACUGUCCAUGGUCCCGGGCAGCUCAGGGCUGCUGAGAGACGGGUUGUGGUCAGGGAAGGCAGAUGCUGAUUUUCCCUGGAAACCUCCGUGACCCCCAGGGACUUCCCAGCCCAGCAGGGGUUCUUUGACCUCAAUCUCUCCACCUAGAAACCAAGCAAGGAGGCCCGGGCUGGGGGGAUCCCCUCCCAGCCCCCCAUUGCCAGCCUGCUUGGGCUCCAGCCCCUUCAUCAGGGCAAGGUCAAUUUUCCCUCCGGGGAGUCCCACCCAGUCUCAUUCCUCUGGCUCCUUCCCCGCCCCACCCUGGGGCGACCCCUCUCCCUCUCUGUUUGGAAAAGGGGGGUUCCCGGGGUCUGAGCCCAGGGUGAGGGACCCAGGUCUCUUGGCCAGCUGUACUCAUGACUUCCCUUUGAUGGGAAAAGGGCCCCAGAUCCCCAAGGCUGCCCAGCAUCCCUGGCCACCCGGCGCCCAUUUGUGAUGCUGUCCCUGUCUCUCCCUGACCCUGUAGGUUAAAUAAACCAUGUCCCCGCCUCCUG